ACAUCAGACCCCAGUAAAGGUGCUGAGGCUGAUCAGGCAACACAUGAUUUUUCUAUGGCUGUGACACUGCAGUUCUCAUGGCUGUUCAUCAUUCUCUUCUUCUUUUUGGUGGGCCUUCAAGGAGAGCCGAAGGAUGCAUCACAUGAACGAAAUAAGAGGGACGCAAGCGAUGACCAGCCCCGCAUGCUGUCAGAUAAUGGUCACCUUGUUUUCAAAACUGGUGACAAUAAAGAGAUCCGCUUCCAGACAUCAACAUCAGGCCGGGUUAAAGUGAAUAAUGAAGACCUCACCCAACUUCUAAGUCAGAUCAAAACAAACAAAGAAGAGAUUGAUGACAUUAAGACUCAUGGAGGUGGAGUUCCCCCUGACGUCACCAACAAACUGAAUGAGCUUGAUACAAAGGUUUCAACACUUGAAAGUAAAGUCACUACACUUGAAUCGACGGUCCAGAGGGUGUCCUGCAGCAGUAAUCCCUGUCAGAAUGGAGGAACAUGCCUGAAUCUACUCAACUCAUAUCACUGCGUGUGUCCCAAAAAUUGGGCUGGUCCUAACUGUGCAACAGAUGUGGAUGAAUGUCAGGUGUAUGCAGGAACAGUUCAGGGAUGCCAGAAUGGAGCAACCUGUAUGAACAACCCUGGAUCAUUCAGUUGCAACUGUCCUCCAGAAUGGUCCGGGACUCUCUGUAGUGUCCGUUAUGAUGACUGCAGGAAUGCUGGACAGGAUCUCUGCGUACAUGGAACAUGCAUUGAUGCAGAUCGAAUCACACCAGGCCAGCCUAAAUACCAGUGUAUUUGUGAGAGUGGCUGGGAGGCUCCAGCUGGAAACCCGGCCUGUGUGGCUGAUGUGGAUGAGUGUAACCUCCCUAACAAACCAUGUUCCACCAAUCCACCUGUUCAGUGCUACAACACCCAGGGUUCCUUCUACUGUGGAGCUUGUCCAGCUGGUUGGCAAGGCAAUGGCUACAGCUGCCAGGAUGUUGAUGAAUGUUUAACCAACAACGGCGGCUGCUCCACUGCUCCAAUGGUGCAAUGCAUGAACACCAUGGGCUCCUUUCACUGUGGCCCAUGCCCUCCAGGUUAUGAGGGGAAUGGGAAAACAUGUACCCAGAUGAAUAUCUGUGCUACAAACAAUGGAGGCUGUCACCCCUUAGCUACUUGUACCUCCAGCGCAGGGUCCAGUCUCCCAAUAUGUACCUGCCCCCCAGGCUACACAGGCAAUGGUUAUGGACCAGCUGGCUGUGCCCAAAUAAGUAACAUCUGCCAGACUAACAACCCCUGUGUCAAUGGACAGUGUGUGGCCACCACCUCAUCUCCUGGCUACAUUUGCUAUUGCUCCCCUGGCUGGCAAGGUGUAAACUGUGACCAAAAUAUCAAUGAAUGCUCGAGCAACCCCUGUCAAAAUGGAGGAACCUGCACCGACAGCAUUAAUGGAUUCACGUGUGCUUGCACUCCGCAGUGGACUGGCCCCCUCUGCCAGACUGCACAGCAAGAGUGUGGAGGUUCCUUGUCUGGCCCUGCUGGUUCCUUCAGUUUUCCGAACACCCCUGGUCAUGAUGAAUACGAUCACCUGGUCAGCUGUGCCUGGGUGAUCCGCAUUGAUCCAAACAAGAUCCUUCGUAUAACUUUUCCCUUUUUUCACCUGGAGAGCAGCACGAAUUGCAACUAUGACUUCCUUCAGAUUCAUGAUGGGGACAGUGCUUCUGCAUACAUGUUAGGAAAAUACUGUGGUGAAAACAAUCCUCAGGAACUCUUCAGCUCCCAUAAUUCCCUGUAUUUCUGGUUUCGUUCUGAUGGCUCUGUCAGUGGUGGUGGCUUCACAGUCACUUGGGAAUCUCGGGACCCGGUGUGUGGAGGUGAACUAACUGCCCCCUAUGGCAAUAUCAACUCACCUGGUUACCCUGGAAACUACCCACCCAGCCGUGACUGCUACUGGACAGUAACUGUGGAGCCAGGCUUACUCAUCACCUUUGCAUUUGGAACUUUAAGUCUGGAGCAUCACACUGACUGCAACUAUGACUACCUGGAGAUCAAGGAUGGUCUUCUACCUGAAGACCCAGUUCUGGGUCGCUACUGCAGUACUGCAUCACCACCCCCUCUGCAGACGACUGGUCCAGCUGCAUGGAUUCACUUCCACUCUGAUUUCAGUGUUUCUGACCGAGGCUUCCACAUUACAUACACAACAUCCCCAAGUGACCCUGGUUGUGGUGGUACCUUCACUGACGAUGAGGGAAUUAUUAUCUCUCCCAACUGGCCCAAUGACUACGCUCACAACCGUCAGUGUAUCUAUUUGAUACGACUACCAGCCGGCGAGGAGGUGUCCCUCAACUUUACCCACAUGAACCUGGAGAGUCACAGCAGCUGUGUUUUUGAUUAUGUGGAGGUUCGUGAUGGAAGAACCGAGACUGAUCCUCUGAUUGGUAGAUAUUGUGGGACCACUUUGCCAGCUCCCAUCCACUCAUCCUCUAACUACUUAUGGAUCCGGUUCAGGUCAGACAGCUCGGUCAGCAGGGCUGGUUUCAGGGCGACCUACACUGUUGCAUGCGGUGGCACUUUUGCUGGGACUGGGCAGAUACGCUCUCCGUACCAUCCCAACGCUUAUCCACACAACAAGGAAUGUGAGUGGGUCAUCAACCAGCCAGAAGGCUACGUGGUCACCCUCGACUUUCUGUCGUUUGAUGUUGAAGGAGGCUCCUGUCGUUAUGACUUUGUGGAGGUCAGGGAUGGCUCUACCUCCAGCUCCCCUCUGCUGGGGACAUUCUGUGGCGUUGAGAUUCCCCCCAGGCUUCAGUCAACUCAGAGAUCGAUGUAUAUCUACUUUAAAACAGACUCCUCUGUCACCAACCAUGGCUUUGAAGCAGCUUAUGGCACUGCCUUGGAGGGCUGUGGUGAUACUCUGACCAGUCCUUCCGGCACCAUCACAAGCCCUGGCCAUCCCUCACACUAUCCCCAUGGUGCCAACUGCACAUGGUACAUCAACGUUGAACCAGGCAACCUUAUUCGGCUAACAUUCGACUCCUUCAACCUGGAAUACCACACUUAUUGUAACUAUGAUUACGUGGAGGUGUAUGAUAAUGGCACCGUGCAGACUGGAAACAAGAUUGGAAGGUACUGUGGGCGUUCAGUGCCUCCCUCUAUUACCAGUACAGACAACCAGUUAUCCGUGCUUUUUGUGUCCGACUCAAGCCUGGGCUCAGAGGGAUUCUCCGCCAGCUAUGUCUCCUUUGAUGCCUCCAUAGAUUGCAGUGAGACCUUCACCUCCCCAACUGGAACUUUCUUUUCACCCAACUUCCCAGACUACUAUCCCAAUAAUAGAGACUGCAUCUUCAAGAUCAUUGUGGAAGUCAACAUGCAGAUCAUGCUUAACUUCACCAGCUUUGAGCUGGAGGGCUCCACUCCUUCUUGCAGCUUUGACUUUGUGGAGAUCAGGGAUGGUGGCUAUGAGACUUCACCCUUAAUUGGCAAGUUUUGCUCCAAUCAGAGGCCACCAGUCCUGGUAUCCCAUAGCAACCGUCUUUGGAUAAGAUUCCGAUCUGAUUCAAGCAUCACACGUCCUGGAUUCUCUGCCCAUUGGGAUGGCACACAGACUGGCUGUGGAGGAACACUGACUACUGCAUCUGGAGGAUUUUCCUCACCUAACUACCCCUUGGCAUACCACCCUAAUGCCGAGUGCUACUGGAACAUCAAGACCAGCCAGGGCAGCCAGAUCCUCCUGACUUUCUCAGAUUUCCACUUGGAGUCCAGCUCUUCCUGCACCUAUGAUUACUUAGCAGUCUAUGAUGGCAACAGCACUAGCGCUCCAGAGCUAGCUAAACUGUGUGGUAAUCAGAUUCCCGCCGCCAUCAACUCUUCCAGCAGUGAGCUCUUUGUAAAACUACGUACUGACGGCAGUGUCAGCGCUGGAGGAUUCCUUGCAUCAUACACAUCUAACUGCCAGGGCGUGCUCAUCUCAGGCCGAUACAGAGGAGUGGUGGAGUCGCUGAACUUUCCCAACAACUACCCCGCCAACACACAGUGCAGCUGGACCAUCCUGGCCAGCGGCGGAAACACCAUCAACUACACAUUUACUUCCUUCCAGCUUGAGGGCAGUAGUUGUUAUUAUGACUAUGUAAAGCUCUAUAAUGGGCCUAACACACAAGCCCCUCUGAUUGGUACAUACUGUGGAUACAACCCACCUCCAAGCAACGGCACCACAAGCUCAGCUCUGACCAUGGUGUUCAGGACAGACUCCUCUGUGUCCAUGUCUGGCUUCCAGAUGAUGUGGUACCAGUAUGGCUGUGGUGGUGAGCUCUCUGGUCCCAGUGGGUCCUUCAACAGCCCAGACUACCCCAACAGGUAUCCAGAAAACAGGGAGUGUAUCUGGUAUAUCACCACAUCAGUCGGCAGCAGCAUCACCCUAACCAUUCAUGAGUUUGAUGUGGAGUUUCACCAAGACUGCAACUAUGAUGUACUGGAGGUGCAUGGUGGUCCGGACUUAUCGGCUCCUCAACUGGCCAAGCUCUGCAGCACUACGUCAAACCCCAUGCAAGUCUCCAGCACUGGCAAUAUGAUCACUGUGCGCUUCAAGUCUGAUGAAUAUGUUAGUGGUAGAGGUUUCAAUGCAAGCUGGGCAGAAGUUCAGGGAGGCUGUGGAGGCCCUGUCACAGCUCCAUCAGGGGAGAUCCAUUCUCCCUCGUAUCCAAACAGCUAUCCCAACAAUGUCGACUGUUCCUGGGUAAUCAGUGUGGAUAAUAACCACCGCGUCUUCUUUAACUUCUCUGACCUGGACAUAGAACCUCACAGUACCUGCGUGUGGGACUAUGUGGCUAUAUAUGAUGGUCCAACAGUGUCUUCCCCUCUGCUUGCCAAAGUGUGUGGCACCAGUCCUCCUCCUGCAAUCACCUCAACACAGAACACCAUCUAUGUUCGCUUUAGGUCUGACUCCAGUCGCAGCCACCGUGGCUUCAGUGCUCGCUUCUCUGAAGCUUGUGGUGCAACCAUCAUGACAGAUGAUUUAGGAGGAGCUAUUGCAUCCCCACGGUACCCAGCUCAGUACCCAUCUAAUCAGAACUGCAGUUGGAUCAUCAGAGCACAGGAGCCAUUCAACCAUGUGACCCUGUCAUUCACUGACUUUGAGAUAGAGAUGAUUUACUCAGACUGCUCCCAUGACUCUGUGAAUAUCCUGGAUGGAGACAACUAUCAGGCACCUUCCAUAGGUACCUACUGUGGCUCUGAAAUACCUCAUCCAGUGACAUCCUUCAGUAACGCUUUGGUGGUAAACUUCAUCUCCGACAGCUCCGUCAGCAAAAGAGGGUUCAGAGCCACCUACUCAGCAUCCACCUCCAGCUGUGGAGGAGAUCUUGUGAUGGAAAGUGGUGCAUUUAACAGUCCCAACUUUCCAGAUGCAUAUCCACCUAACGUAGAGUGCGUGUGGACCAUCAGAAGCUCACCAGGGAAUCGACUCCAGCUCUCCUUCAUCAUGUUUCAACUGCAGGGAUCCUCCAGCUGUCAAAACGACUACCUAGAAAUCAGAGAAGGAAACUCUACUGGGAGCCUUGUUGGCCGCUUCUGUGGAAACUCACUACCCUCUAACUACACCUCUUUGAUCGGUCACAUCUUGUGGGUUAAAUUUGUCUCUGAUUCAUCGAUAAGUGGAGCAGGAUUUAGAGCCACCUUUGCACACUUGUACGGCAAUGAUUUGACGGGGGAUUAUGGUCAGAUAGCAUCCCCACUGUAUCCCAGGAUAUACCCCAAUAACGCCCACUACCUUUGGACCAUCACUGUAGACGGAGACAGCUACAUCCAGAUCCGCUUUUUGGACAUCGACAUAGAGGACCUGUAUGACUGCUACUAUGACAAUCUCAAAAUAUUUGACGGGCCCAGUGUUCAUUACUACCCUCUAGGCACAUUCUGUGGUCUUGGUCUGCCCCCACCUAUCAGAAGUUCUGCAAGCACCAUCACGCUACAGUUUCAGUCAGAUACAGUCGUGGGAGGAAGAGGGUUUCUUGUGGAAUGGACCGCUGUCCAGGACUCCGGACCACCGCCUACUAUCCCACCAGGUGCAUGUGGUGGAAUGCUGAUAACAGGGGAGAACCCAGGCUUCAUUUAUUCUCCUGGCUGGCCUGACAGCUAUGCUCCAAACUUGGAAUGUACCUGGCUGAUACGCUCUCCGGAAUCAACUGUUGAGUUUAACAUCUUGUCUCUGGAUAUGGAGGACUACCCCAACUGCUAUUUUGACAGCCUUGUCAUCAGAGAUGGGUCAUCGAGUCUCUCACCUGUGCUUGCUAGCGUGUGUGGUCGAGAACCUCCUGGUACUCUUCACUCAACAGGGGACUCGAUGUACAUUCACUUCUCCUCUGACAGCGUUGUUAGUGGCAGAGGUUUCAAUGCCUCCUACUCCAAAGGUUGUGGUGGUCUCCUGCAUGUAGACAGGGGCACCCUGAGCAGUCCCCACUACCCUCAGAACUAUCCAUCUGGUCUGGACUGUCGCUGGCAUGUGAUGGUAACACCUGGCUUCAGAGUGUCUGUCACCUUCCAGAGCCCCUUUCAGAUCCAAGGGUUUGGGACUGUAUGCAGCACAGGAGACUAUGUGGAGCUCAGAAAUGGCCCCGAUGCUUCAUCUCCACAACUGGGGGGUCGACUCUGUGGUUCAAGUCCACCCUCCCUACUGCAGACAACUGACAACCACCUCUUUAUACGCUUUGUGUCUGAUGCAACUAAUGAGGCCAGUGGCUUUAAACUGACCUUUGAGGCCCACAGUACAGCUUGUGGGGGCUUUAUAGAGCUGAAUGAUAACGAUCCUCCUGGAUAUAUUACUUCACCCAACUAUCCACAGAACUAUCCUCAGAACAUUGACUGUACUUGGGUGAUAAGUGUGCCGAAUGGAGAAGCUGUCCAAAUUGACUUUGAGGGUGAAUUCUAUAUCGAGCCCACGAGCAGCUGUUUGUAUGACUACUUGGAGUUGCGUGAUGGCUCGACUUCCAGCGCUGACUUGAUUUCUCGUCUGUGUGGCAACACCCUGCCAUCCACCCAACGUUCAACAGGUUCCUCCAUGCUGCUCAGGUUUAGAACUGACACCAGCGUCACACACAAAGGCUUCAAGGCGAAAUACUCUAUAGCAACAUGUGGAGGUACAUUCAUCGGUCAGAGUGGGACAAUCCGUAGCCCUGGCUUCCCUGACUCUAAUUAUCCAGACAGUUCCAACUGUGAGUGGUAUAUUGAGGGUCCCACAGGACACUACCUUACCUUCAGCUUUGACAGCUUCAGCCUGCAGUCCUCUCAGAGCUGUUCUGCUGACUAUGUGGAGAUCAGAGAAUACAAUGCUUCAGGACCCCUGCUGGGCCGUCACUGUGGCAGUAACCUUCCAGCUUCCAUCGAUACUUCGGACAGUUUUGCCUACAUCAGGUUUGUCAGUGACAGCAGUGGAAAUGCAGCAGGCUUCAGUCUUACGUUUGAAGCCAGUGUUGAAGUCUGUGGAGGAGAGUUGAAUGCUCCCUUUGGAACAAUAUCCUCUCCCAACUACCCCAACCUCUACCCUCACAGUCGGCUGUGUCGCUGGUACAUCAUUGUGACACCGGGCCGCCGGGUUACUCUCACUAUCAAUGACCUGCGGCUGGAAGAUUCUGGUUCUUCAUGUGUUUACGACUAUGUUGAAAUAUGGAACGGGUUAACUGAAGACGCCCCUCGCCUACAAAGAUUCUGUGGUACUGUACCUGCAGGCACCCAAGUGCGCUCCUCUGGCAACACCAUGGCUGUCGUUUUCCGCACUGAUGCCUCAGUGUCCAACGGAGGCUUCACGGCUUCUUACUCCUCGAACGAACCAGCAGAAUGCGGGGGAGAUCUGAGCAACCCAGCCGGUGGGAAUUUCACCUCGCCUGGGUACUUAGUGUCCAACUACUCCAACAACCUGAACUGUGAGUGGCUGAUUAGGAACCCUCAGCACGUCAAUUCUUCUAUUGUGGUGCUGAUAGAAGAUCUUCACCUGGAGAACCACCAGACCUGCGAGUCAGACUACCUCCAGUUCCGCUUGGGUGACUCAGAUGGUGAACUAUUGGCAAAGUUUUGUGGGCAGACCAUCCCACGAGUUCCAAUUGUGGUCUUUACUCCAGAACUCUGGGUCCAUUUCCAGACCGAUGCGACCCAGGGAGACCUGGGCUUCAAGGCCAAAUACUUGUUCUCUGAGUGUGGUGGAUGGCAAACAGGAGAGGGAGGGGCAUUAUCAAGUCCCAAUUACCCCAACAUCUACCCAAGCCCCAGUCGCUGUGCUUGGCUGCUAGAAGCUCCAGCAGGUCACACGAUUACGCUAACCUUCAGCUACUUUAACCUGGAAGCUCACACAAGUUGUGGAUGGGACUCUCUCACAAUCUUCAAUGGGGGAUCCCCUGGCUCCCCAAUUAUUGGCCAGUACUGUGGUACGACCUCCCCAGGAACCAUCCAGUCGGGAUCCAACAAGCUUGCUGUAGUUUUUCUGGCUGACCACAGCGUGUCUAGGGGUGGUUUUAUGGCCCAGUGGUCGGCUGAUUCCUCAGGCUGUGGAGGGGUGAUCCAUGCUGAUUCAGGAACAAUAAAAUCUCCAAACUAUCCCCAGAACUUCCCAGCCAAUGUGGAGUGCUCCUGGCGGAUCAUUGCCCACGAAGGAAACCACCUGGAGAUGAGCUUCAGCAGUGAUUUUCAGAUUCCAGACAGCAGUGGGACCUGCGAGAGUAGCUAUAUCAAGGUAUGGGCAGGACAAACCCAAAACACCGAGGCUCUGCUGUCAACAGGCUGCGGCUCUGUGGCCCCGGCUCCAAUUGUCGCUCCAUAUAAUAUCAUCACAAGUCGAUUCCAGGCUACUGGAACCCCUGGCAGAGGUUUUUCAGCCACCUUCAUCACCAGAUGUGGUGCAAACUUCACAGCCCCCAGUGGUCGUGUGGUGUCCCCAAAUUAUCCAGCCGACUACCCCACCGGUGUCAACUGUAACUACACCAUAAAUGCUGGAGAAAAGACUGUGGUUGUCCUCACCUUUCAGACUUUUCAAUUGGAAGCACACUCCAGCUGUCUGUAUGAUGGUGUGAAGAUCUACAACCUGGCCACAAAUGGCCCUGCUAUUGCCACUCUAUGUGGUUCCACUAUUCCAGGGACUUUCACCACCUUUGGUCCCAUGUUACUUAACUUCUACUCUGACUCUGUGGUCACUGAUGGCGGCUUCUUGGCACAGUACUCAACCAUUCCAUGUGGCGGUUUCUUUAACAGCAGUAUGGGAACAGUGAGCAGCCCAGCCCUUGCCAUGACAAACUACCACCACAACAUCAACUGUACCUACCACAUCAUGGUUCAAGAAAACAGGGUGGUGGAUCUCAAGUUCAACACCUUUCACCUGGAGGCCUCCUCUUCGUGUCGUUAUGACUAUGUGGCGGUGUACGAUGGACAGGACUCAUUGGCACCUUUGCUGGGGAAAUUCUGUGGUACAGUCUUGCCACCUAAUUUACGCUCCUCCACAAACCACUUGUUCAUUAUCUUCAGGACAGAUUCUUCUGUGAAUGGGAUUGGCUGGAGGGCCGUUUACAGUGAGACGCUUGGUCCAGCACAGGGAUGUGGCGGGUAUCUGUCAAUGCCAAUGGGCAUGUUUGGUUCUCCAGAUCCAAACCUGGAUGGGUUUUAUGAACCCAGGAUGGACUGCAUGUGGACCAUUGAGAUGCCACUCAACAGGGUUGUCAACCUGACCUUCACCUCUUUUGAACUUGAGAGCUCGUCUACUUGCUACUACGACUACGUCAAAGUAUAUGAUGGUGACAACGUGAAUUUCCCUCUGGUUGGAACAUUUUGUGGAAACACCAUUCCUUCAACCUUUGUAUCAUCUGGAAACUUCCUGACUGUCCACUUUUUCACUGAUAGCUCAAUCCAGAGACGAGGCUUCAAUGCUACCUACAGAGCAGUACCAUUGGUGUGUGGUGGGACUAUGAAUGCCACAACCAGUGUUCAGACCCAGACAUCACCCUCCUUCCCCAAUGCCUAUCCCUCAUACACCUCCUGCCGUUGGAUCCUAGAUGCUCCUGCACAGGAAACAGUCAAAGUAUCAUUCCAAACCUUUGUCCUCCAGCCCAGCCAGAGCUGCUCAUCAAACUACCUGGAGAUAAAGGACUGGCCUGUGGGAGAUUAUGGCCAGUCACAUAAGAUCUGUGCAUCAGAUGGUCAUCCACACGACUUCUACAGCUAUGGCAGAACAGUUCUCCUUCACUUCAAAUCUGACACCUUUAUGAGUGGAAAUGGUUUAAGCUUUACCUAUGAAAUUGCAGGCUGCAGCAGAACCUAUGAACAGGAAUACGGCUACCUGAAGAGUCCUGGCUGGCCUGACAUCUACCCCCACAACAUCGACUGCACAAUAGUUCUGAAGGCGCCUCAGAACAGCUACAUCUCUUUCUUUUUUAACAGUUUUGAUAUGGAGAGCCACAGCAGCUGCUCAUUUGACUACUUGGAGAUUCGUAAUGGUAGCACAGCUGACUCACCGCUGAUCGACAAGUACUGUGGCAACACGGUGCCGAGCCCAGUCUUCCCAGAAUCCAAUGAACUCUACCUUCGUUUCAAGAGUGACUACUCCAAUGCAAGAGAUGGCUUUGAAGCCACAUGGACAUCUUCUCCACAGGGUUGCGGUGGAAUUCUGUAUGGAGACCAUGGCUCAUUUGCGAGUCCCAAUUACCCAGGCACAUAUCCCAACAACACCCACUGUGAGUGGACUAUCACUGCACCCAGAGGUCGUGUGGUGACUGUCACCUUUGCUCAGAUCAGUAUUGACGACCCUGGAGACUGCCAGAACAAUUUCUUGAAGUUGUAUGAUGGCCCAGACACCUCCUCAGGACUUGUUGGACCUUACUGCGGACUGGAAACCAACAUUGCUCCGUUCACAGCCUCCUCCCAUCAAGUCUUCAUCGUUUUCCAAGCGCAGUAUUCCACCCUCCCUUCAGGAUUCAGACUCACCUGGAGCAGCUGAACACAAAUUCUGUUCAUUCUUGAAAUACAGACACACCAUCUCUGACUUCUGUCCAUAAACACCAAUUGUGCUUAAUUUUUAAUUCACCUAAUGUACAUAAUAAAAUCUAAACUUUCAUAAUAAACGUGAUUAAAGAACUACAA